AUGAUCUUCGCCGCCCCUCAACUGCAGGAAAAGUGUCAGGAGAUGUCGACCCACUUCUACUUUACCCUCGUGGAUCUGACCAAAGAUUUCGACAUGGUGGACCGUGACAGACGGUGGAAAAUUAAGCAGAAACUCGUCUGUCCCGAGCGAUUCUCUCAGGUGGUGUAUCACCUCCAAGAUGGCAUGAUGGCGCCAGUCACGGACAAUGGAGAUGUAUCAGAGGCAUUCACUGUGACCAACAGUGUUAAUCAGGGCUGCGUUCUCGCACCUACUCUCUUCAGUCUCAUGUUCUCUGCCAUGCUGAUGGACGCCUACCGUGACGAACGCACUGGGAUCCGUAUCGCCUACAGGACGGACGGCCACCUACUCAGUCCUAGGCUGAUGUACUUUCAAUCGCGUAUUUCUCUUCGCCGACGACUGCGCUCUCAACGCCACCUCGGAAGGUGUCAUGCAGAUCAGCAUGGACAGGGAGGGGGUUUAUUAUAGGUCUGACGUUACUUCGUCUACCCCACCUUCAGAGACUGGGAAGCGAUUUGCACAGCUCUCCUUAUAUAGGGCACUUUGUUUGAUGCGUGGUCUGGCAAUGCCGCCUGUGUGACUGCAUUUGACCCGCAUGUCACCGUGACCUAAAUCGUCCCCGCCCUCGUGGAUUCGAAUCUUCCCUGACUUCUGAUUAGGGAACAUUUGUCCUGUCGACCAUACCAUUGUGAACUUUCGAGUCAGCCUCCAAUCGCACCAGUGGUGACCUCCGACGUCCACCCUUCUAACAUUUAGCUUCUGACCUUCUCUGUGUUCUAUAUCCUAUCUCUGAUUGUACCCCUAACGAUGGGAUACACAGAUGCUGCUUUUCUCUCCAUAGAGUCACUGUGUCCCUUCUAGAAUGUUGACAGCAAGCUUCAGAACUCUACUUUUUUCCGUAUCGCGGCCACCAUUUACUCUGCGUAGACAAUUCAGUCUAACUGAGGCUAUUCCCCCAACCCACCAUGCUCUCAGAAGUUUAAACAUUCUGAUGCGACCCUCCCACUGAUGCUCCGCCUUCGCGCAGUUCAGUAUUGGCUAGAAUGAGGAUGUAAUCCACACACCCAAAUACUUCUGAAUAUCAACCUGCUGCAAUAGUGGACCGUUAAGAAAGUAAAUCCUGGGCUUGGGGUCUCUGCAGUUGCCGUGUUGAACAAAGUUGUACUUACUUACGUUGGAGGGCAUAAGCCAGCGCACACAAUAAGUUCGUUUUGUCUAAUGUCAGAAGUGAAGAGGUAGUGAGAACUGGCUUAUUCUGUACACAGGGCGUAUUGCCGCGAGUUGGCUGUUUGCUUGUGGUCAGAGGACAGCGUCCGCGCGGGUGAGCGGAAGUCGUGAUGUGAGGUUUAUUGCGUGGGCGUCAGCACAUCAUGAGGGAAUGUGUAGGUGAGUGCAGGACAUGUGAUUGGACGGAGUCGGGGGUGCAUGCUCAGAAGGGCGCGCAGGGGUAAAAAGCGGGGAGGUUGGAAGCGAGUGAGGCGGUGAGAGACUGCGUGCGCACACGUGAUCCGUUGAAGGCGGCCCAGCACAGACCAGAGGGAAGGCCGUGCGUCAGUGGAGUGCCUGUUGUCGCGGUCAUUGGCUGACAACGAGGCGCAGCAAAGGAGGGGAGGGGGAGGAAGUGGGCAUUGAAGCGGAUGCCACAGGAGUAUGACAAAACACGGAGUCCUCUUAAGGUCGGGCAUGUGUACAUUGAUAUUACAUCCAAAUUUAAACAAUGCUACAGGUCGAGGUCUCCUGUCAUUCCGAAAAACAUUUCACAUAUAUCCGCAUUUAUACUGUACCAGAUAGUGUAUAGAUAUUUGUGCUGACAUUUUUCAAUCUCCUAUCGGAAUCAUUGCAGAAAGUGCAUGUUUAAGCCCAAUAGAAUUGGUGGAAGCCGAGGACUGCUCGUCUGUGGCCGACUACUGCGGCAUCUCGUCAGCAGUUUCAGCAACCACGCAUCUCCUCCCUCCUUCCCAAUUGGCCUCAGGGAUCACCACAUAGAUCACAUGUUUAGCGCCUACGAUUAGGUCCUUUACACCGGGAUCCGCUAUCUGCUCCAGGCGCCUAAGAGCCAACAAUAUCCUCCUAUUUCCCGCUCCCCCCGCCCCUUGUCUCUGUCAUCACUGAUUACGGCGUCUUAACAUAAAUGCUUGUCUUCCAUGGGGUUUGCUAUUUUGUGUUUUUACGUGCCGCCACACCCCAAAUGUUGGCAUAUGAUAUGGGUGAGCAUCGUGAAUGAGGCCUGCCAGACUGCGAUCUAGUUCCCGGUGUUUAUGCAGCACAUCCAUUGCGUGGUUUGUUUCAGGGGCAAAUGUCGCGGAGAUAACGCUGCAUGUCGGUACCGUGUGAGCGAUAGAGCACCAUCCCCGCAGGCCCUGAGCACAUGUGCGCAAACUAUGCCCGGCAGAAAUGCCAGAGAGCUGCCCGUCCCUCCCCCAGUCCACUGGCUGACAAGGUAUGUCUGUCCACCCUCCCUCCUUUAGGUUUACUGUGAUAGGCUUUGAUCCACCGGGCCUCGGUUUCGGCACUUCCCCCGCCUGCGACUGCAGUGAUCCGGAGGUCCUGUAG